GCAUACGUACCGUGUAGUAUGUACACGCGCAUCGUGUACGAUGUACGCACGUUAUACACAUGCACGUUAUACACACAUACACGCACGCGUAAAAGCCUAUCAGUGUCGUCAUCGCGACCGUCCGAGACGGGCUUUAUUGAACGAUAAAGAAAGGAAUCCCCGUGAGGCGACGCGGAAGGUCUCGGCUGUGCAAUUCAGACUGGAUAAUACGGCGAUCGGCGACGCGCGCAGAUACAAUCGUCGCUGAGAGCCCCGCACGCGCUGCAAAUGCUCUCGCGUUUGUGAUUCACGGCCAUGUGCCAAACCGAUGAUCGUCUCCGCUACCUCCACCGACGACGAUACAUGCAAAUGCGAAAUGUCAACAUUCAGAGGUGAGCCGUUCCCCAACGGCGAGAGCGACGACAACGGCGACGGCGCGUCAGUGAGUUAGUCGUCCGAUUUCGUAAAUUGGGACAGCGAUCUCUGAUCCACGUAGAAGGAAGAGGCGUGCGCGUCAUCACCGUGGAACCCAGACUUUGGCUGGCUGGCUAACUGGAGACAGCUGGAGACCAGCUGAAGGCCAACCGGAGCAGACUGAUUGGUCUCCCUCAGUCUUUUCGGUCGGCUAUACGUUCAGUUAAUCAAGAGUGCUCACAGACCGACCUUGACACACGGAUUCGAAUUAAACUCGAGAGAUUAGACAUGUCAACGGCAGAUGAGCGUGCAUCGCAACGAGAAGAGACAACGAGGUGUAUUAUGCGUCAGAGAAACAGGAUAUAAUCAAACUGAUAGCGGAGCCGAUAAGUUUAGCCUGAGCAAACACAACGCAGAGGUGCGAUUCUGAACACAUCGCGUAUCCCGAGCGGAUUCCAUAAACGGUCGUCUCGCCAGUUUAAAGGAGAACUGCUGUGCCUCUCAAUCCCGGAAGAGACAUUCCGGUGCUCUGCGUAGCAAAUACCGAUCGACCAAGUCGACGCUCUAUACAAUCAAACGGAAAUAUAUAUAUGCGACUUGUAAAAGAUAAAUAUACCUACAUGGGCACAUAUGCGUUUUAGAUAUAUAUUUCUCUUUAAGUAUAUAUAUAGAGCUUUCGAGAUUAUUGGCUUUUAUCAUAACUACACGGGCUGUUUGAAUUUUAGAUGUGGAGUGCUUCCUUAUCUUCAAAUGUAGUAUGAUAUAUGAUAAGAGUUGUGUUAUAAAUGACAAGAAACUCAAUGACUCACACUGAAACAUAAACUUAAAAUCAUGUAAACGUGGCUUGUGAAGAGAUACUGUGGUGUGAUUUAUAUUCAUUUGUAAAGUAAGUUACAAAAAUAUUGCAACAAUGGGUUCCAUUGCUUUGGAGGAGUACGAACUGAUGAAGGACUCCAAGUAUAGAGUUUAUGUGUCUGCUGUUGAUAAGGCUCUAAAAAGUUUUGAAUACACGAGUGAAUGGGCAGAUUUAAUUUCUGCACUAGGAAAACUUAAUAAAGUGUUACUUAGUCAUAUGAAGUUUCCUGUUAUUCCCAGAAGAAUUAAAAUAUCAAAGAGAUUAGCACAAUGCAUGCAUCCAGCAUUACCUUCUGGUGUUCAUUUGAAAGCUUUAGAAACUUAUGACAUUAUUUUUAAGUGUAUGGGCACUAAUAGACUCAGUCAUGAGCUCUUUAUCUAUAGUGCAGGCCUCUUUCCAUUAUUGGGUCAUGCUGCUAUGAAUGUCAGGCCAUCAUUGUUGACAGUAUAUGAGACACAUUUCGUACCACUUGGUGAAAGAUUAAGACCAGGUUUAAGUGGUUUUCUAAGCGGUGUUCUCCUAGGUCUAGAAGAUGGUUCUGAUCAUUUUGAUAGAACCAAUUCCUUACUGGAAAAAGUCUGUGAGGGUGUCGGUGCAGAACACUUUUAUGCUUGUUUAUGGGACUGCUUGGCUUCGAAUUCUGGCAUUCGGUUACCUGCUAUAUCAUUCGUUUUAGCACAUUUUAACAAAAAGCUCUUAAUGGAGAAACAAAAAUACAUUAUGGGCACUAAUAUUAAAAUUAUGGUUUCAGCCUUAUGCGCCGGAGUACAAGACACUUCAGUGCUAGUGCAAAGAAGUGCACUGGAUUUUCUAUUAAUAGGUUUUCCUAUUCACAAUAGUCAAUUGUUACGCCAAGAUAUGAUAGUAUUAAUCAAAGCUGCUCUGGUUACUAUACUGCGAAGAGAUAUGAGUUUAAACAGGCGCCUAUUUGCCUGGUUAUUGGGCACUGAAGUGAGCACGUCAAUUUUAAAGAAAAAAACGCAAGUAGCCACAGAUGCUAAAGAAGAUUCCAUAACGUAUUUCGAUAUAUAUUCAAAGGACAUGCUAGUCGAAGCGAUAAAGUACCUUCUUAGAGACAUAUGUGAAGAGGAUUCACAGGAUCUGAAGCCAUAUAGAAUACUUGUUUCAUUACUCGAUAAGGUGGAUAUCGGACCAGUAAUUUUGGAUGAUAUUCUAUUCGAAGUGUUUAGAACAUUUUAUAACGCCUGCAAACAAUCAGCAUCAAAUCACACUUCGAAAGCAAACGAAGUAGUAAAAUCCGCGAAUCUGUUAUUCUCAACGCUGGAGCCGUCGUACAUUUGGAUACAUUGUGGAUACUUGUUUGAGAAGGCCUGCAAUACUAGAGCGAAAACGCAAGUCGCGAUAGAGGACAUUACUGUGAGGCCCGUUGGCAGUGGAAUACCGAAUCUGGUGGAAGUGUGCAUACUAACGGAAUUCUUGUUGGAAACAGUGUCGCUGGACGCAUUCAUAGACACUCCGUCUGAGCAUCUCCCCGGCUUAUUCUACGAGAUAACGAGCAAACUUUUGUAUCACAUCAACAUCCUGUCCCCGAUGGAAAUCUCGAAGAGUCUCAAAUUGUGCGCCAAGAUCCUGUCGAAGAUGCAACCGACCAUGAUGACCACUCAUACGGAUAAAUACGAGAUGGACACCAAAAUGGACGUGUCUCUGAAUAAUAUCACAGUGCCUAGCGAUCAUUCCUUGACGGCGAUUCCCUUGGAAAAGAGUCAGUCGGACAGUAAGUUGAAUAAGCCCGACGCAGCCAGCACUUCCUUCACGGAGAAAAGCCCCAGCACGAGGAGGAGAGCCAAUUCCGGCGGCGCUGCUAAAAGGAACGACAAGAAGUCGAAGAAAAAGAGCAGCAAGAGCACACCAAAGUUGAGCGAUACCUACACCAUACAAGCUGACGGCAGUAAUAUCUCGGUUGUGGUGAGCGAAGACUCGAAGAUUUUGCCCAGGAACAAGAGCAUGGAUGACAUCAAAGCGAGCUGCAUCGAGACCGACGAAUCGAGCCCUACGUCCAAAAGUCAGUUGUCCACGUUGAAACUCUUCGCGAACACUAGUCCAAAUGGAUCGACGGCAUCCUUGUGCAAAGGACCAUCCCCGGCUUUCCAGGCGCAACACUCUAUGCUGGAGAAAUGUCUUCGUCAGUAUGAAAUAUUUUACGUGAAACUAAUCAGCCAGCGUAUACUCAGCAGAGAGAGAACGGUGCAGGAUAUGUUCGAUCACCUAGUAGUAUCCUGCCCGCGAAAGAGCUUCGACGAAAGGAUGCGUUAUCUGGAGCAUCUAUUAAAUUCCAAAUUGAACAUAGAGGACUCCGGAUUCUUCAGCCAAGAUAUUUCCGUGACUGAAGACACCAAGUGCCUGGAUAUUUUUCACCUGUCCCUCGACAUCGCGGCGCACGCAGACUGGACCGAGGCUAUGAAGAUAGCGUCCACGUUGUUCGUCGAGUUGUCUGCGUUCCCGAAAUACCGUCAGCCCGGUGACGAUGUGCACGUAGAGGAGGAGCCUAAGUUCGAACAAGUUCUGCCGGAGUGGUUGAAAGUUCUGAUAGUUUGCUCCUGCUGGCUGCAGAAGCAACCGGCGUUGCAAUUGACGAGCAUCGCCACAUUGUUGGACUUGAUAUCAUUGCUGGAAGCGCACAACGACGUCGAAACGCAUCCUAAGAGCGGAGAGGGCAUGACAGCCGUAAUCAUGGCGCCCUUGUUGAAACAAUGGCACGUGACUUACCUGAUGCAAUAUACUAAUAUAUUUCAGGUAUUGGCACAUUCCUUGUGGCAUCAUUUGGGCGAGCUUCCCGCUCACAAGUUUAGAAUGCGUUGCGUAGAGUUGUUGCACGACCUGCAUCACACCUUGUACAAUUCCUGCGACGCGGUUGAGGAUCUGAUAGGAUCCGCACUCACCUCUGAAAAUCCUGAAAAGAGGAUCGAAGCGUUCAGUAGAUUCGCCACUUUGUGGCACUUGGGACGGGAGAUCGAGACGAAUCCGAGGCUACGUGGCUGUCUCAGAACUUUCGAUCAGUCGUUAUUGAAGAUGCUAGAUAAUCUUCAACUCGCGGACAAUUCGCCGUUGAAGUUGCAGGCUCAAUCGUGGCUGCUACAUUCCUUAAUGCGUGGCGACAUAUCGCGCGUAAUAGAUCCGCUAUUGACAAUACUCUUGGAUCCAUCCACAUGCCGUAUGAGCGUUCUUCACGUUAGUAUACAACACAGCAAUACCGUCCUAACGAAGAACGACCCGGUGGAGGAGAAAUCGGAGAUACAGGACGACACGGAGGGCGCCGCCAAAAUCUACGCGAUUAGUUCGGUGGACGGCAACGUGAUAUAUCACGUGAGCGACAACGUAGACGAGGACAAGAAAUGGAAGAAAGGCAAGAAGAAGAAGCAAGCGAUCAAUCCCGUAAAAAUCAAGCGAAUCUUCGCCGUGACGACGUUAGCGACUGGUGACAAUUGCAAUCACUACGUCACGGAGAGGAAUCAGUUCAUGAAGGAGCUCGAGGUGCCGCCCAGCAUAUCCGGCAACAGGAAAAUCUCUGUGUUCGUGAACCCUCUCUCGAUCAAUUGCAACGAAAACUCGACUGACUCCUUGACGGAGGAUGAUUCGUUGCCAAGUAUGCGAAAAGCGAACCUGACCACCGAAUUACUCAAAAACGCCACCCGCUUCAAGAAGAUAGACUUCGACAAAGGUUCCACUGCCAGUUUAGACGAGAGUCUCUUCGAAUCAGCGAAUUCCAGCUUGAAGGCGAAGGACAAGAAUAGCUUAAAGAAACUGAACGACGACGUCGGCUCGUCUUUGGACUCCAUCACGAACAGUCUGGACUCGAGCAGUCCCGAAGUGACCAACAAGCAGUCGAAGCAGAAGAAGGAACCUCUCAUAAUGCCAGGCAGUUCUAGAGAGGUAGCCGGUACCAUCAUCAAGGGCAAAUACUACAGCACGAAUGAGUUCAGCGCGAAUUACGAUCACGAGAUCGGUAGCUUCGAGGCGAGUGCAGAAGUACCCAGCUGGACAAUGGACGAUGAAGACGGCGACCUAGAGGCCAGUACCACCGCAGAGGAGUACUUCAGCAACUCCAGCAGCACUAGUAUAGUCGAGGAGAUCCUGAACGAGGUGCUUGAUCGCGCAAUGCAGCUGUGCGACGCCGCUGAGCUGUCGAAAAGUUCGGAGGAAGUCACGCAGCAAAACGCAAAAACUAAUCGGAAUGUUGGUCUGGGUGUUCACAAUCUUCAUUCGCACAUGUUGCUCUACUGUGGCGUAUACGAUUCGACUAGAACUCUCUACGCUUUACGUACGCUUAGAAACGAGCUGCUGACGAAUACACGGAUGUUCCUAUGUUGCGCUGCGACGACCGGUGUGGCGAAUGCGACCAAAAAUGCCUCGACGAUAUUGCUGAACUUAUUGGCGAGGCAUCGGAAGAGCGUUUUCGGUAGGAACUUCCACGGUAGCAUAGCUAAUUCGGAAUUCAUAGCGGCUUACAGGAGCAGCAUGUAUCUGGAAGUGCUGAUAAGCGUAUGUCUGUAUUUUGCGAGAAGUUACUACCCGAAUCUUGGACAAAUGAGACUGACAUACGAAGAGAUCGCCGGUAAUCGCCAGGUGCAGCUUGCGAGCGCAGAGUUACUGACGCUGAUAUUUUCUGAGUUGAUCCCAAUUGUACGCGACUCCGGGAAAGGUUUUAGCUGCUACAUAGUCGAUCUGCUGACUAAGUGCAAAGUACAAAAGGUUGCACUGCACUGUCUCGUGUCCAGUGUUAUGAGUAUGAAAAACGCUCACAAAGAGAACGAGGACGUGUUCACGUUCACCGAGGAGAUCGUACUGUUCAACGAUCCGUUCAUCGACAAUGACGUUAACAAGUGUAAAUAUAGAGCGAGUGAUCAUACGGAAGCUUUUCAGAUACAGUUAUUACGAUUAUUGCUAUCGUUAAUCAUGUUGGAACAUCAGUGCAGCAGUCAGAAAGGAGAGGAAAUCAACCCGACGAUGUCGUCCAUACCAAGCUCACCGACGCGGGCUCUGCCAAAUUUAAUAGGGAACAGUCUAAAAUACAUUCCUGGAGCGGCGAUCCCGCAGCAACCAAUGUUCCUCGCCAGCAUCCUCAGCGCAUUACAACUCGAUCAUAUGAGGCAUCUUCAUCAACACUGGACGACGCUCGUCACGUCCAGCCUGCCAUUUAUGGGGUCAUCUCUGACAACUGUCGUUACAUCGGUCAUUCAUCAAUUGUGCAGCAAUAUCGAACAUCUGGCGUCGUAUUAUAUCAGUGAAGAGGCCGCGUUGACAUCGAAGUUGCAGGAUAUUAGCACAGUCGAGUGUUGUUUGCCCGCGGAUUACACAGUCACGCAUCUUGAGGCCUUGACGUAUUUGCUGCAUUAUUGCCUGUUGGAUACCUCACAGCAAAUUGGAUUCUCCUUCAAUCAGCCGCUAAGUGGCACGAUACAAACAGGAAUUCCCGGCGCUAAUCCAGGACAGAUAUUCAAUAAUCUCAUACAUGUUUUCAUGCCGAGCCCGCUUACUUCGGAUCUGUCCACCACCAAAGAUAAAACUGGCGCUACCGAACUGCAACAACACGCCAGAAGAACGGCGCUGAGCCACUUGCCGAGGAUAAUAGCGUCCUUAUCUGCUUUAUGGCAAGCAGUCUUAGCAACGAAAGACAACGAGCAAGCUAGCUGUGUGGUGGGCAGUCCAAGAAUAGUAAAAUAUCAGUUAUUGGAGCUCCUGUCGCCAAUCUCUUUCCACCAUGGAGCCAAUUUCCUAGCUGCGGUCGCAGUAGCUUGGCAUGAAAGACGACAACCGUCCGCUGUUUCAAAGAAGGUGCUCCCAGAAGCUUGCCCCAACCAGCAGGUGAUGGUUCAUCUAGUUAGCGCAAUUCGCGUGAUGCCUAUUGACACCUUGGUACACACUGUACACCAAGUGGUGAAAACGCCACCGCCUAUACAUGGAAUCAAACAAGACUUCUCGUUGGAAGUCUCGGUGCUAGAGUUACUUUACGUGUACAUGCAAAGUAACACGUCACAGUCGCUCAUCGAAUCCUGGGCGUCCUUGCUCAGUCUGCUGAAGGACGGUCUGUCACUGACAGCACCUGCACAAUUUCUCCUGCUGGCUAUACUGAACGAGUAUGUACAAAAGUGCCCACCUAUGCAAGAGAAGAAAGAUAUCAAGGAUCUGCAAGACGUGUCUGCAAAGCUGAUCGAGUCAUGUUCGCAAAUAGCCGGUGCUUGUUUGGAGCAAACAACGUGGCUGAGAAGAAACCUGGCUGUCCGAGAAGACGUCUUCGAGGUGGUGGAAGGCUCUUCGGAAGGUAAAGAAGGAAAGAAUGGUGCUGUGACACCCGGUACCCCGCCUAACGCAGCAUAUAGCGUUCAGGCUCAAGGAGUGUUAGCGGAAAUACUCGCACCGCUGUUGGACGUCAGCUACGGCUCUCAGGAGAAAGAACGCGUAGUGACGCUGUUGACGAAUCUCAUGUACAACGUUACGCCAUAUCUGAAAAAUCACACGAUAAAGAACAUCGCUUCGUUUACGGCUUGCUCUCAGCUGUUGGCUUCCUUGUCAGGAUACCAAUACACGCGGAAAGCAUGGCGCAAAGAUGUCUUGGAUCUGUUGCUCGAUCCGGCCUUCUUCCAAAUAACACCGGCGUGCUUGCCGUACUGGAGAACUAUAAUAGACAACCUGAUGACGCACGACAAUACUACCUUCAGAGAUUUAAUGAAUCGCGUCUCCAUGGCUCAAGGUAGCGGGAUCAGUAUAUUCUCGUCGAAAGAGCAGGAGUAUGAGCAGAAAGCGCAACUAUUGAAACGGCUAGCAUUCGUUAUCCUUUGCAGCGAGACGGAUCAGUAUCACAAGUACAUGCCGGAGAUACAAGAACGUUUAGCAGAUAGUUUACGCCUACCCCAAGUAAUCCCGUCUAUCCAGGCGCAAGUGUUUCUAUGUUUUCGCGUAUUGCUAUUGAGAAUGUCACCGCAACACGCGACGUCCUUAUGGCCGGUCAUAGUUAGCGAGCUUGUUCAAGUUUUCCUCUACAUUGAGCAAGAAUUGAAUACAGACAGCGAAGAGUUCAGUCGUCAUAGCAGCUCUCACAUCAAGCUCUUGUCGGCCCUGGACUCGUCGUGGGCCGUUAACGCCAGCAACGGGCUGCAGGCACACGGACAUCCUCACUGGUUACAGUUACAACUGGCUGCUGCUAAGCUGCUAGACCUGGCGUUGCUGUUGCCCGCGCACAGAUUGCCGCAAUUUCAGAUGUAUAAAUGGGCGUUUGUUGGAGACGCGGCGGCGGGAUGCACGGAUAACAAUAACCUAUCCUCGGACUUUGUACCGCACAUUACACGAAUCGCGAAAUUAAUGGACAGUAAGUACAAACCGGAAGGUCCGCUGCCGAAAAGGAACCCUGGAGAGCUCCUGUUGACAUCGAACAAUGUCCGUUCCCUGCAGGACUUGCAUCAUUUCUUCUCGAGUCUUAGUCGUGCCACAUGCGACACGCAUGUGCUGGUGAAUAACACACAAUUGGAGACUGUGAUCGAGCAAGACUUCCUUGAAAAAAUGCCAGCCGUACCAACGAGAUAGUAGGGAUACGAGAAGAUAGAUAGUUAAUAUCUGUUUGUCAAUCAGAAUGUGUGAAAGAGAGAGAUGGAUAUUUGCCGUGAUAAGACACCUUACUCUUUGAUAUAUUUAUAAGGAAAUGUAUAGAGAGGGUGUCUCAGUGUUCACCGCGCCCAAACGUCAAUACGUAACGAUUACCACGUCGCAUAAAUGUGAUAGAGAUAAUAUGCGAACACUCAGAAAAAUCCUGCGCUCUCGACUACCGAUACGAAAAUCUACACGUCCAAUCAGAACAAGCAGUACUUAGUCCAAAUGAGUCAAAGGAGGUGCGAUGAACUCGGAUGAACACCCUGCACUUAUAAACGUUAAUCACUGAAGACGAAGGGAAGAAUCGGUAGAACACGAGAAUCGUCAGCUCUAUUGCGAAUAGAUCAGUGUAGAUAAAGCAGCAGGUUCCUUUCACGUAGUCGUUCGACCAGACGAAACUGGUCGCGUGUAGAAUAAAUCGAGCUUUUUGUUACUGGUUUUUUAUUGAUUAAGUUUUCGACUUGUCUCCUCAUUCGGUUGUGAAUAGUUAUCAGCGUAUACAAUACGGCAAGUUAAGCUCGCGCGUUGACCUGCUAACUCUAAGAUUGUACAGAGAACAUGUACAGUGUAACAUAAUAUUUAAUAACGGAUGAAAGGUCUUCCCGCGCUACUCUCUUGACAUACGCGUACGCGUCGCUCCUGGUUUCUUUAGCGAUUUCCACUUAGCUCUUCCUUUGACUUUGUGUACAACCAUUCCUGUGUGCGAAACUUCAUAGCGACAAACACGUCGAUUCCCCACGGAACUAGCGAGAUAUUUUUGCUGAAACGUGGAAUAUUGAAAAGGUGAUAGUUAUUAUCGAAAAUUUGAUAACAAUUCGAUCGAUUCUCUCCCGUUGAUAAUGUCGAGCAAGCGAAAUGCGAUUAGAGUCUGAAAGUUGACAAGCCUCGCGGUGAGCUUUUCCGAAGGAUCAAACGAUGCGUCGUGAGCGCUCCGGUUGUCCUCUCGACAAAAGACUUACUUAAGGUCAAAAUAUUAAUUUCUGGAGACGUACCUGAUCCUGCACGUUCUUAUUGUCUUGGUCUUUAAGUGCUUAGAGUUAGCAGUUUAAGCUUAAAUUUAAGUUCAAGGUUCCUACAUGUUACAAUAGCAAAAAUCUUCAGUAUUACCUCUUGCUUUAACAUCAAAAUCCAAUAUGACCAUGGCGAGUGUCCGGCAGUUUAAAACUGCUAUUGAAAAAUCGAGCUUUAAACCUUAAAUAUUUAAAGACCAAAAUAAUAAAAAUAUCUAGAGUUAGGUACACUGAGAAAAAAAAUGUGAAAAUUUAUUUGUGGGAUAUAAAGUAAAGAUAUUCAAGUAAAGAUAUAAAGAUAUUCACGUUACAGAAAUAUAUUUUAUUUCAUAAAAAAAACUUUAUAUCCUAUGAGUAAAUUUUUAAGUAUUUUUUUUCAGUGUACGUGCCCUGGCAUUGUGUGGUACUUUUACCUUAAUAAUUUUUACAUGCGUGAUCGCUUGAUAUGAGCACAGUCUCUUUUUUUCCAAUCCAUUCCAAUCGCGUCGUUAAGAUAACCAGCUCGCUUUGCGUACACACACAUUACGAGAUAGAGGGUCGCUGUGAAGUCUCAGGAACCUCUCCUUUUUUUUCUUUAGUAAUUAUUUAAUAUAAUAUUACUGUAUUAUGAAACGUUUUUUAUUUUAAACGAGCCGAUUUUCUAUGUGAACCGGUAAAUUAUUAUUAUGAUACAAUAAUAUAUAUGCUACUUUAUACAGCUUGCUUGGAGAAUAAGACGUUAUAUUUUUAUGAGAAAUUACACGAUAUACGUCAAAAGACCGAUUUCCAAGUAUAUCUGCUUGUCUACAUUUACGACAUAUUAUACAAGCUUCUGCACACAUACACGCAAAUACAUACGGUUAGAGAGUAAAAAAAAUUCGAAGAUAACAUUGGAAUAUAAUGAAAUACAUAUAUAACGAAAAAAUGUGUGUCGUCUAUUUUGCUCAAUAAAAAUUUUGAGACUGUA